GUUUUCAUGUAUACAGUAUGUAAUGUCAUGUAAUCAUUCUUCUUUUCUCAGGUAAAAAUGGUUCACAUCUUGAAUCAUUCCAUUUUUGCCGUCAUCAAAUGCCUGUUCGUUUGGCACACAUCAUCCGUGAAAUCAACCAUCUGCCUGUCAACUUACUGAAGAUGCCAUCUGUUGAACUUGUGCAAAGCUGGUAUUGAACUACUUUUUGUGAUCACAUUAAAAAAUGAAUUCAUCUUAUUAGUUUAAAAGUAUGUGAUUAUUCAUUUUGUGCUGUUUAAACCAGGUACCAUCGAAGUUUUGAGGAUUUAAUAGAAUUUGCAAAGAUUAGAGGGAAAAGUGAAAAUGAGAUGGCAGAUAAGUAUGUUUGAUUCUACAUCACAUCAAAAUAUCUGUUCAGUCAUUAACCCAUUAUAGCUGGUUUUCCACCAGGCAGAAUUUUGCACGGGGAGCGGAAUUUUUCGUUGUCUGUUCUGAUUGCAAUAGUUCGACCCAACAAAUCACAAGACAACCAGAUGAUCUUGAUACGCGGAAAAGUACUGGCACUAGUUGUCAAAUAGAAAUCCAUUUUAUGAUUAAAACAACUGAAUAUCUCCUGUAAUAUACUUUAUUUCGAUUCCAUAUUUUUAUCAGAGCUAUAGUUCUCAUAACCAAACAUAAUUACAAAAUUUCAACUAGUUUCAUAAAGAAUAACGAAAGAUAUAAUUGACUGAAUACAUCAAAAUGGAUUUCUAUUUGGACAACCCUUUCUGAGCGCUGAUUGGCUAAAAUACGAACACGAGAUCACCUGGAAAGAACAAGUCCACACCACGCACAAAAUUCUGCCCAGUGGAAAACCAGCUUAUAAUAAUAACCCCCAUGUUAUAAUAACCCCAAUGCACUCUACUGUAUUAUUGUACUCUGUUUAUAACACCAGGCAAUUUUGCUCGUCAAGGUGAGAGCGCUGGUAAUCAUUGGGUAUUAGAUUGCUGUAUUUCUAGAAAUUUUUAAUGAAUUCAUAUUGAAAUUUUAAUCAGUUUGUACAUCUUAUAAUUUGAAUAAUAAAUAAAGCAUAAGUAAAGGUAUAUAUUAUGCACUGCAUUGUUCCUUUAUUUGAGAAAUUGCAUUUCUGACAUUAAUUAAGUAAAAUAGACUGACAUUUUAUUGUUUGUUAAACAAUAGUACCUUUUUCUUUGUAAAGAUUUGAUCUUGCUUUAAAAAAAAUCCGUUCCCGUCAUGAUACAGUUGUUGAAACUAUGGCGCAGGUAUUAUAAAUGAUUACUUAAGCCCCGUUUACACUACGCUCGAUUUUUGGUACAGCACCACCUUGUUGGUUCUUGGACUACCUAUUUAGGUAGUCCAAGAACCAAAAAAGUGGUAUGGGUACCAGUUUUAUCUGUGCCAUACCAAAAAUUGAGUGUAGUGUAAACAGGGCUUUAGUCUCCUAAUAUACAGUGUGCAGUGGUUAUCUCCUCUCCACCUAUAUGCAGCUGCACAGAAGCUGAUGAUAAUGGUUUAAUCUCAUAUUUGCCUUAAAAAAAACAUACACUCUAUAGGAAUACUCUGGUUAAAAUUCCUGGUUAAUCCUCCUGGUUAACAUAGAAAUGUAGGUUAAUAUUCAUUGUUAAUUUUCUUUGUUAUUUUAACGUUUUCUGGUUAUGUUAACGUUUUCUGGUUAUGUUAACGUUUUCUGGUUAUUUUAACCUUAUCCUGGUUAUUUUAACGUUUUCUGGUUAUUUUAACGUUUUCUCGCUAUUUUAACCUUUUCUGGUUAUUAUUAAAUUAUUAUUAAUACCGUUGUCUGGUUAUUGUUAAAUAAUAACAGGGUUCAUACGGGUCCUGGAAAACCUGGAAAGUCAUGGAAUUUCAAUAUUCCAAAAUCCAGGCCUGGAAAUCAAUUUUAGUCAUGGAAAGUCAUGGAAAAUUGAAAUUUUACAUAACAGUAACAAAGUGUUUUACUUAUUUCAAUUUACCAGUCAUAACAAUAAUAUGAAUUGUUGUUAUAUAACGGAUUUUUUCACGAGCGAAGUGAAUUUUGUUCUUUUAUUAUUAUAUCUGUUAUCGUUAAAAUAUUAACGAAUUUCAGAAAUUCCAGAUUUCCAGGUCAUGGAUUUUGAAAAAAAUGGUCAUGAAAAGUCAUGGAAUUUUCAAUGGGAGAAGGUGUACGAACCCUGUAAUAAGACUAUGUUAGGUGGGUAAAUAACCAGGAGCCCCUGGUGAAGUUAACCCAAAUAGGGUUAUUUCUAGGUUAACCAGGAAAUUUUAACCAGAGUGUUUUUAGAGUGUUCAGUAAAUUAUUCAUUGACUCAAUUUUUCAUGUUUUUUUUUAUGCAAAAGGGAAUUAUAGAACUGAAAGAGAGUCAUGGUAAAGAUGCUCUACAUCCAUCAAUACAAUACUUUUUAGGUAUGUAAACCCUAAUGUACGGGGCAGUCACAGUUGCGAAAAGUGUUCAACCUUCCUCCGGGUAAAAUUUCAGGUUUUCAAAUCUUUCUCAAAAUAAUGCAAAUUGUGGCCUUUUCAUUUUGCUACUAGCAGAUGUACUGUACUAUAUAUUAGUGAGCUUAAGCAAGUGACGUUUUUGACAACACGAACGACAUGAGUAACGUCAGAAGACUGGGUCAAGGGCUGUGAUUGGUGAAAAACGUCAACCUUACUUCCGGUCGACGUCCGUGUUGUCAAAAACGUCACUUGCUUAAGCUCACUAUUACAAUUGCUACAGAAACGCGGUCCCCAGAAAGUAGAGUGUUCCACAUUAAUUUGAAUUUACCCAUCGAGCUAAUUAGUUAAUUGUUCCAAUUAGAUUACAAAUUGUAAUUUUUCUGUGGUUUUGUAUGUUCAACGUAAUCUUUGUCUUGUAAUGUUUUGGUGGGACUUAAUAAGGGACUUAUGUUCUGUUGUCUUUACCAUCGAUCUUUAAAUAUGAUUGUUAAGCAAUUAAAAUGAAAAAAAAACACAUUAAACCUUCCUCACUGACUGCACAUAUGGUAAACCUUCCUCGCUGGUCUUGGAGCAGGAGGCUAUGAUAUCAAAUGUAUAGAGACUAAUAGAGCAUAAAAGUUGCUCUGUAAUUAAAGAUCUUUAAAUAAUAGUGUUACUUUCAUUAUAUAUAGAUCGAUUUUACAUGAACCGUAUUGGAAUCAGAACACUUAUAACGCAACACUGUGAGUACUUACUGUGACUUUCAAGUGUCAGUUACGAGUAUUUUGUUACGUAAAAUCCUUUGCCCUGCUAACGAUAAUUCAGAAUUUCAUCCUUGUCAGUCCAAGAAUUAAUUUCGUUCAAUAUCUAAUUUCAGUAUUAAUUUGCGGCGAAGAAGCAGGAAAAUCAAAGACCAAUUGGAUUGGUUGUUUCGAUGAAGAAUGCAGUAUUGCAUCGGUUGUUUUUGGUAAGCUACUAUAAUAACCAUAAUCAUGAUGUUUUACACUAUUUGGUACAAGAAACUUUUGCUAACAAAUUGUCCCUUGUUCCAGACGCAGCAACCAAUGCAAGAUUUCUAUGUGAACAAGUGUAUCUUUGCUCACCUGAUGUCAUCAUUGAAGAACAUAACGGUAAGAAGAAGGUUUGGAUGUGCAUCUGAACUCAGUUCUGCCCAGAACUUUUAAAAAUGGUUCCAUUGCACCCUAAGCAUGGUUACGACACUUCGGAGAACAUUCUCUAACAUUGAUAUUUCUCGGUGUAUUACAGCAAUAGAAGACAAUGAACGUAUUCCAAUCAGAAUGACAUACGUACCAUCACAUCUCUAUCAUAUGGUAUUUGAAUUACUGAAGGUAUUGUUGUACAGUAUAACGUACUAUAUGUUACUCUUUUAUUAUUAUAUAUAGUAUAGUGCUUUAUAGAGAUUUCGAGCACUGAUAAUGAAUCUCACACGUGAGAUUAUUUAUGAUAAUUUUACAUGUGAAAAUUAUCGCUUUCCAAUAAAUCUGGUAUUUCCGCGCAUCCUUGUAUUAUUCUCUAUUUCUUAGAUCCGUCCUUGGUACGCACGAUUUAUCUUUGCAUUUAAUGCUUUUGAUUUUUUUCCUUAGAACUCGAUGAGGGCAGUUGUAGAAAAGAAUGGAGAAGAUCGUCUGCCUGAGGUGAAAGUUUUAAUUACAAAAGGAAAGGAAGAUCAUACAAUUAAGGUGAGUGAUAAUAUUAACAGCAAAGUGAAAAUUGUAUAAGCCAUGAAGAAUUGUAUACCGGUAUUAUCAGAGGGAUGUCAGUUACUUAUACCCAGAGGAAACAAUGUAUAUUUUUAAGAGAGGAUCUUGAAAGGAGCUUGACAACUGGCCUCUGUAGCUCAGUUGGUUAGAGCGCUGCACCAGAAUCGCAGCCGCAGGUUCAAUUCCUGCCAGGGACCUAAAGUUGCAUUUUUGCUUUGGUUCCUGGUUAGGUCUAAUAUUAAAUGUAUAUAAAUUCACACUCGACAAUUUCCAUCUACAAUACCCAUCAAAUGGAACUGGGAUUUGCCUAUUUUUGGCCUGGGAAAAUGGGAUUUGGGUUACUGGGAAUGUCAAACACAAGAUGGGAAAACAUAUCAUUAUAAAGACAGUUGUAGUUGUACACUUAGACCAUGGAUGUUGUAGUUGCAUGAUCUAAGGAAAAAUUCUUUACCACCAGCUCAACUUAGUGAAAUUUUCAAUGUAGAUUUCAGACCGUGGAGGUGGGAUUCCGAAAAGUGAACUAGAACAGUUGUUCUUAUAUCAUUACACGACAGCACCACAGCCUGUGUCAACCGGAGAUGUUCCAGCUCUUGUAAGAUUUUAAUGUUUUAGACUAUGGGAUUUCUAUUAGAUUUAAUGAUUUAUCUUAAAGUGCUUGGGGGUUUUCACCGAAUCUCUAUCGUGUAGCAGAUGGUUGUCAACCGGUAGUUAUCAGAGUAAGCAGAUAAUCUCCAGUUAGUUGUUUUCAUUAUAUUUGGAGUAUUCUUGUAUUUGGAUGCAAAUAAAUGGACGUGAGAGAUGUAGUCUAAUUUGCUUGAUUUCGUAUAAGUGUCAGCAGAAGUUGACUGCCAUCUGCUGCUUCGUAAUGCCUGCUGAAACCCACCAAGUGCUUUUGCUUGAAACACCAGUAUACGUAUCUAGCAAUUUGUUUGAACAUUUUAGGCUGGCUAUGGCUACGGGUUACCAUUAUCAAGAUUAUACGCUAAAUAUUUUGGAGGUGAUUUGCAGUUGUUUUCAAUGGAGGGAUACGGCACGGACGCUCUCAUAUAUAUCAAGGUAGUUAACUAUACCUACCUGUCAAUAUCUAGUAUGUAAUUAAGGUAGAACUCAUCACUGAACUGUACAGAAGUUAUAGGGUUCAUCCUAUAUAUGACCGAACAUAUACGACCUCCCAUCUUAGUGCUGAUAUUACUCUAAGCUUUUAAAAAAUUGGAGGGCGCGGUUUUCGGUAUAUAGGAACCUCUUUAUCUUUUUAGGAAUUUCUACUAAUCAACCCCUCCCGCCCAUUAACCCUUUUUGCACAAUGAUUUGAGAUCAAAACAUUUUCGUACCAAUGCAAUACAGGACUGCAAAUUAGUGCCGGUCAUCGGACAUUGUCCGGCCAAAUUUUACCUUUUGUCCGAUCAAAGCUUUUUAUGGUGGGACAUGUGACCGACCGAUUUAGGUUGGUCAAAUGUUCAAUCUAAGGCCCGUUUCAUACGCCGUACUUCACAUGUGCCGAAUACAUUAAAGACAAUAGAUAAUGAGCUGAAAUGCCUCAUUAUCUAUUGUUUUUAAUGUAUUCGGCACAUGUGAAGUACGGCGUAUGAAACGGGCCUAAAAAAAUUGAUUUUGAACACAAUUUCAUUAAUGAAACCAAAGCAAUAUAAACAACACUCUUCCAUUAUUUCUUGGCUGCGUUAAGCCGUAAGAUUUAAUUACAAAUAUAAAUCGUCUUCUUAUAACAUGGUAGAAAUUAAAGUUAUCAUGUAUAACUGAACCAUAAUUACGGAAAAUGUAGUAUAUAGGACUUGUAGAUUUAUACUCAGUUUUAGAUGCACUGCAGUGCAGAUCAUCAUGACCAGCCGAAAUACAUCAUGCUAAUGGACCAUUUGCAUUAUAGACUAAAUUUUGAUCUACACAAGUCUAGAUAAAAAUUUCAUCACAGCUUGAAAGAGCAUCACAAAAUUAGUAAUAUUCCAAAGUUUCGUUGCAAAAUGUUGAAAAAUGCGGAUAAUAUAGCCUUGCGAAGUUUGCCGUUUUUCAGUCAUUUUGCAUUACGCGGGGGAAAUUGACAGCCCAAUACCCUUUGGGGCUGUCAAUUUCCGUUUGUAAUACAAAAUGACUGAAAAACGGCAAACUUCGCAAGGCUAUAUUAUCCGCAUUUUACAACAUUUCGCAACGAAACUUCGGAAUAUUACUAAUUUUGUGAUGCUCUUUCAAGUUGUGAUGAAAUUUUUGUCUAGACUUGUUUGGAUCAAAAUUUACUCCCGUAUUCUAAAAGCUCACUCACACUCAAUGAGUGGAGAUUCAAUUUGAGCUUUUCUUGAGUGUCAAUGCUGUUUUUGAAUAGCUGCAUGCAGGGUGAGUAAUCACAUAGUAAGGUAUGACACUAGCCCUCCAACUAUUCAAAAACAGCAAUAACACUCCAGAGAAGCUCAGAUUGAACCUCCACUCAUUGAGUGUGAGUGAGCUUUUAGAAUACGGGCGUUAGUGUAUAAUGCAAAUGGUCCAUAAAAGACCAUGAAAAAUUUUCCUUCGUCCAUUGUCGGAGAGAAACUGAUAAAUGUCCGACGACUUUUUGUCUUGAUCGGACAUCUGUCUUUCCAAGCAAUUAAAUAAUUAUUUGCAAUAUAUGUAUGGUAAGUUCCUUGUAUGUUUACAUGCAUGGCGAGAUGACUAUAUAUUGAAGAAAUUAAGCUGUACAGUAUGUCGAAGGGGUGAGAGACAUGUGCGAGUAGUAACCACCGUGCCUCCCUAAAGUCCACGCCCUAACCAUUCUAGAUACAGAAAUAUUUGGUAACCCAUAUCUACACCUGGUCCAGGCCUGCAAAUAAUUCUUUUACUUGGAAGGACACAAAUGUCUGGCCAAGCCAAAAAUUGGUCGAACAUUUAUCAAUUUUUCCCGGACAAUGGACAAAGUAAAAUUUUUCAUAUUUUGUUUUGAAAAUUAGCACGAUGUAUUUUUUUGCCUGGUCAUGUUAGUUCGUACUUCGUACUGCAAUGCAUCUAAAACUUAGUAUAUAUCUACCAACCCUAAUGCAUCAGUAAAUUAUGGUUCAGGUUAUACGUAACUUAAAUUCUACCAUGUAUACGAAGGUGAUGUAGAUUUAUAAUUAAAUCUUAUGGCUUAAUGCAGCAAGAAAUAGUGGAGAAGUGCUGUCUGUAUUGCUUUCUUGUUGGUUUCAUUAAUAAAAAUGUGUUAAAUAAACAAUUUUUUGAGAUUGGAGAUUUGACCAGCCUAAAUCGGUCUGUCACAUGUCCGGUCAUAAAAAGCUUUGAUCAGACAAAAGGUAAAAUUUGGCCGGACAUGUCCGAUAACCGGCACUCAUUUGCAGGCCUGCCGGUCCCUGGUUAUUUAUCCACCUGACAUAAUCUGGUUAUUUUAAUAAGGACAAAUAUAACCACAUUUCUGAUUACAUUCACCAGACUAUGUAUGGUUAGAAGCAGAGGCGUAGCCAGGAUUUCUGGUCAGGGGGGGGGGCAGCAAAAACCCAGGUGGGGCCAAAAAAAUUUUCGGGCCACAACAUUUUAAAUCACACACACACACACACACACCCGUCAACAACUUUUUUGGUAAAACAUUUUCCGGACAAUAACAUAAUUGCUUUCGUAGCACUUUUCACCCGAUUUCCGUAUUUUCGAUGCUUCGCCACGAAGAUUCCGACAACAUUGACAAUUUUCCGACGGGUCUCAACAUGAAACUAUAUAAUCAAGGAUUCCCUUUUUUAUACAAUACAUUUUAUCAGGGGGGGGGGCAAAUUUUUGCCAGGGGGGGGGGCGGUUCCCCCAGCCCUGGCUACGCCUCUGGUUAGAAGUGAGAUAAAAUAACCAGGAAGUUUAAGCAGGAAUAUUAAAAUUAACCCAAUUAGGGUUAUUUCAGAUUACCCAGGAAAUUUUAAACAGAGUGUUUUUAGAAUGUAUAAUUCUCUGGUUUGUGAAAGCACUACGUAUAUUUAUUGGACAAAGCUUUCGAUCCUUAACUCUAAGUCUAAUGACGAUCUAGACUUACGUAUCGAAUGCUUUGUCAACUACAGUACGUGGCAUUUCUACAAAACAAAACAAAUAAGCAAGAGUAGCCUGCGUAGCAGUCGCUUUUAGGGUGGAGGGUGGGAGAAACUAGGAGGGGGAGGAGGGGGAGGCGAAGCGAGAGAAUGAGAGCGAGGAAAAAUGGCGAAAUUUUUCCUCGCUCUCUUUCUCUCAUCUCCCACUCAGUUCUCCCCCUCGUCCUUACCCCUAAUAGCCCUUGCUACGCAGGCUAGCAAAAGGAGUGGGGAUUUUUUUAUCGUAAACCAUCAUAUUGGUAGUUAAAAAUAUUCACGUACUAACAACAUGAAAUAUUCACGACUAAAUUAUUUGCUAUUUGUAGGCUGUGUUAGGCGAGGCGACAGAAGUACUACCUCUAUACAACAAACGAACAUCUCAAACGUACUCUGAAGUGAAACAAUCUGUAAAUCAAAUGAAAGACUGGUCAUCUUCAAGUUAUUAUGACGGACAUGGCCACGGCUAUUUGAGAGGAAAUGCAUACAAAGUACGCCGUUAUAGUACUAUGGUAUAGCACACUGAACAAUUUAAUAUAGGGAAGGGGAUCUUAAUCAUUUUAAUACUUGAUCACAAUCAAUCGUGGCAGUUAUAGUGUACUGUGAAUAUUUGAAAUUACAGUAUUUAUUUCGUGUAUAUCGGUCCUUGUGCACGUGUAUGUAUGUAUGUAUGUAUGAUAUGAAUAUUUUAUUCAAAUUCAUAAUUCCAGUAGGCAGUAGACAUAAAGAUAUAGCGAAUAGCUUUAGCUAAUCUGGGGGGAUUGUGUGGAUAACUAUAUAUAUAUACAUAAAUAUUAUAGCGGUGAUAAUUAAUAAGCUUUAUGUGAUUCAUAAUUAUUAUAUACUAUUCGAGACGUAAUAUUUUUCAGAGCUUCACCAGUGAGCUCAAUGCAUUGUUAAGGACCAUUUCCACUCAGGAAAAUUUUCCGCGGAAAGAAAAUUUUGUGAAAUAUGAUUGGUCAACACAAAUUUUCCGUCGGAAAAAAAAUUUGAAGUUGAAAAUUUUCAACUUUUAACAAUGACACUUUCGGAAAAUUUUCUGUCCGUGGAAAUUUUUCUUGAGUGGAAAUGGGGCUUAACAGUUAGAAAAAUAGAAAUGCACCAAGUUCACUAGAUAUGUCAACAUAAUCAUCUCCAACCUCCAAAAGGAGCAGACGUAAACUACGUAUCUUGCUAUUGAAGUUUGAUUCGUUUUCGACAUUUAAUUGCAAUACUAUUUCAUAUCAUUACUCCAAGCUUUGCAAAAGAUACCAUAUUUAGAUUCAGAUGUAUGUACGUGUAAACUACUAUCGUAAUCUACCGUUCUGAAGAAAGACCAUAUCCACAAAGAAAUUAGUUUGAGUCGCAUCAUUUUGUAGAUCAAUUAGAACAGAGCAUGAAAAACGACAAGGAAUCUUACCACAUUUAGCUCAGGCAUCAUACUGUACAAAUGUGUACACGUUUUAGGCAAUUUGAUAAAUGCGUAUCACUAUUACGAACAUGUUCACUCCCCUUCAUAUUUCUGCCUUUCACAAGACCAGCUUGGAGGGGGGGGGGAUGUUGCCGCUGUCCAUGCAUGUACAGGGUGCCAUGCUUUAUCACAACGUCGAAGUCAUCAUAUCCGUUCUUUGUUAUUCGAAAUAAAAAUUGCCGCACUAUAUGCACGAUGAAAAAGGAGGGAGUAGGGUCUAAAAUUGGCUGGUUUUGCUGUAAACGUACCUUAAUUGAUAUGCAUUUAUCUAUGAUAACAAAGGAAGCCAACACAAAGUUUUGUUUAUUUUUAAUCAUGUUUAGAUUUGGAGAUUAAAUACAUGAAAUGAAG